UCCGGUCUUGCCUUUACCCACCAUGCACCAUUAAAGAUGGCUGCGCACAUGUGAAAUAAAUUUUCUUGCAGAAAAUCUACGUUUGCAUGCGAAAUUUUGCAUCUUUGGGGAGACUCCUCUUUCCAUUGAGGUCCUUAUCAACUAGCCCAGUGAGUGCCAGCAUUAAAAUGGGGAGGCGGUGGAAGAAAAAGAGGCCAGGACAUGGGGGCCCGGGACAGAGACGUGACCGGCCCCACCGGGACCAGAGGCAGCAGCGACCCAACGAGUGGCAGGACACGUUCGUCAAGGAAAACAAGGACUUCGAGAGGUUCUACAAGGGACAAGGCAUUGUCCCAGAGGGGGAGUGGGACCAGUUCCUGGAAGGGCUGAGGAGCCCCCUGCCGGCCACCUUCCGUAUCACAGGGUACAAGAGUCAUGCCCAGGAGCUGCUGAGGAGAGUGAAGGGGCAGUACAUCAGCCAGCUGCUAGAUGUCACUUCUGAGGAUGGAGAGCUGCUAGAGAAGCCCCAGCCUAUCCCAUGGUACCCUGAUGAGCUUGCCUGGAGGACUAACUACUCCAGGAAGGACCUGAGAAGGUCCCCAGCUCUGGCCAAGUUCCACGACUUCCUGGUUACAGAGACGGAGACUGGCAAUGUAAGCAGACAGGAGGCAGUGAGCAUGAUCCCUCCUCUACUGUUGGAUGUGCAGCCACAUCAUAAGAUCCUGGACAUGUGUGCUGCACCUGGCUCUAAGACUGCCCAGCUGAUAGAGAUGCUCCAUACAGAGGAUGGACAGAGUUUCCCAGGCGGUUUUGUGGUUGCUAACGACGCCGACAACAAGCGUUGCUACAUGCUGGUUCACCAGGCUAAGAGGCUGAACAGUCCCUGCUUCCUGGUCACCAACCAUGACGCCAGCCACAUGCCCAACAUGACUGUACCCUCGGAUGCUGUUGAUGGUACUACAGACACCCUGGCCUAUGACAGGGUACUUUGUGAUGUACCCUGUAGUGGCGAUGGCACCAUGCGGAAGAACCCAGAUGUGUGGAAGAAAUGGUCACCAGGACAGGGGCAGAACCUGCACAAUCUCCAGUUGAGGAUAGUGCGGAGGGGGAUCGAGCUGCUGAGGGUGGGGGGGCAGCUGGUGUACUCUACCUGCUCACUCAACCCCCUAGAGGACGAGGCUGUCAUUGCAGCUCUUCUCACAGAGUGUGAAGAUUCCGUUGAGCUUGUAGAUGUGUCUGACAAGUUGGCAGGACUGAAGAGGCUCUCUGGUGUCUCUGCCUGGAAGGUGAUGACGAAGAGUGGUGAUUUCUACAGCUCCAUAUCAGAAGUGCCCACAGACAGACAUUCCAACCUGAGGCGGGCCUCCAUGUUCCCACCUCCUGACCCUGACAAGCUACAAGCCAUGCAGCUCAACAGAUGCAUUAGGAUUUUACCCCACCACCAAGACACUGGAGGGUUCUUUGUGGCUGUCCUGAGGAAGACCAAGGCCCUGCCGUGGACCAGACAGGGGAAGGCUGACCGCAGGAAAGAAGAGACAGCAGAGACAGGAGAUGAAGCUAAGCAGCCAGAUACAAGUGCCACGCCCGUCCCAGCAGAGGAAGGGGAUGUCAGUAAUGAAACUGGUGCAGCAGCAAAGGAUGAUGGGGAGGGGUCAGCCACAGGUCAAGGGGAAGAGGCUGAUGGGAAGGGGUCAGACACAGGUCAAGGCAAAGAGGAUGAUGGGAAGAAAGAAGCUGAAGCAGGGAACAGUAAUGGCAGUGAUGGCCUUGCUAGGCCUCCUCCAGCCAAGAAAGCCAAGCUCGCCUGGGAGGGGUCUUACAAGGAGGACCCGUUUGUCUUCUUCACUGAGGAUGAGGAGCUGUGGCCUAUCAUGAGGGAUUUUUACCAGAUUUCAGACACAUUCCCUCACCUCCAACUGCUGGUGCGCUGUUACGAGGGGAAGAAGCGCACCGUGUACCUGGUGUCUAAGGAAGUUAAGGACAUCCUACAGUACAAUGAGAACAAUCUCAAGGUGAUAAACUGUGGAGUGCGGGUGAUGGUCAGGAGCAGGAACGACAAGUCAAAAACCAUGUCACUCUUCAGGCUGGCACAGGACGGUAUCCCGACCCUGCUGCCCUACAUCCAGGGCAGGAGGGUUGAGAUAAAGCAGGAGGAUGCUAUCCUGCUGCUGACAGAGGAGAACCCUCACAUCCACAAACUCACAGCCGAGGCCAGGGACCAGCUCAAACCUCUAGAGGAGGGCAGUAUCGUGAUGGUGUACGAGCCAGAUAUGAGUAACCCCGAUGCUGUCCACUGUAAGAUGGUGUUUGUAGGCUGGCGAGGGAAGGUGACUGUCCGGUCCUUCGUGCCUAAGAACGACCGUAGACAUUUCCUCCUACUGUGUGGGGUGGACGUGGAGGUUCGGAAGACCAAGAGGAGAAUGAUGGCUCUGGAGAAGGAGGCAAAGGGGCAAACAGCAAAUGAAGAGGCAGAGGAAGGAGCAGGGGAGGAGGAAGAGGAUGGGGAGGGUGAUGCUGAGGAGGAUGUUGCCAUGGCAACUAGAAGUGAUGAUGAAACCAUGGCAACGACAGAAACUAGUGACACUGUUGAAGAAGAGACAAGUGCAAUAGAUUCUGAUGCCCAGUCUGGCAUAAAGGAAUGAAGAAAAGUUUUUUUUAUUUUUAAGAUUCAUCAAGAAUAAGGAAUCAUGUGCAUUGCAGACAAAGCAGUUCUACAUACUUUCUUCACAUAAGUUAUCUGCAAAUAUAUUUUCAGCCUGGAAUCUCUUACUGUUUUAGAGAAGGAAUAGA